GUUACAUGAAUAUAUAAUACGCAAUUGUUUCUUUGAGAGAAAGAGUUUCAAAAAUUGUCACAGAAUGUUUUAUAGUCCAACGAAACUCCAUAAACUGAGGAUAGCUUGUAAAAUGUGGAUCUCUGUUCAGGAACGGUAUUUUAACUUCAAUCGAAUUGAACUACUCCUUGUUGGCUUAUGGCCUUAUCAACAAUCAGGUCUUGCUCGAUUUCUGAGAACAAUCUAUCUUAGUAUUUUGAUGAGCGUUGUUGCAUUAAUGCUUUCAAGGCUUUGCUUUGCAAAAUAUAGCUUUGAAUUUAGUAUUAAUCUGCUUUGUUUUUCAACAUAUUAUACUUUUUAUGCGAUUCUGUAUAUCGCCUUUUGGCUUAACAGAGAAGCUAUAAGAUAUUUAUUGGAGCAAUUACAAUACAUUUACAAUAGGCUAAAGGAUGAGAAUGAAAUUGCUAUCUAUGAUAACUACGGGAACAUUGGAAAACGAAUAACGAUCGCCUGUAUAAUAAUUGUAGUGUGCAAUCAGUCUGUUCUUGUUGCAAUACAAUGUUGGCCGUACAUUUUUGAUGUGAUUCUGCCCCACAAUGGGACCUAUGUGGGCCGUGUGGUAGCACUUGUGAGCAAAUAUUUCGCGGUAGAAGAAAAAUAUUCUUAUUUAGUUCUUCUGCAUCUAAACGUCGCUACUUCUGUAGGAGCACUUGUAUUCUUAGCAGUAGGAACAAUGAUGUUAUCAUGUUUCAAACAUAUCUGUGGAAUGUUUAGAAUUGCUAGCUACCGUUUUGAACAAGCAAUAACGACUACUACGUUACAAAGUAUUACCUUAAAAAAUAAAACUAUGAUUUACAAGGAGUUAAUCUGUGCCGUUGACAUUCAUCGCAAAGCUACAGAGUUUGCUAAAUUUCUUAUCAGUAGCAUGAAUCGAUCACUUUUCUUUGUCAUAAUGAUUUAUGUGCUUUGCGUGAGUUUCAAUCUUUAUGGAAUAUUUCACAAUGAACCAGCUGUGCAGGAAAUAGAACAAACAUUAGUACAUCUUAUUAUUAUAGGUUUCGUUUUUGCAUACAUGUUCAUAGCCAACUAUGUCGGACAGGAAAUUAUGGAUUAUAAUAAUCAUGUAUUUCUUACCGUGUACAAUGCUCCAUGGUACCUAGCACCGUUGCAGAUACAGAAGUUGAUCUUGAUCUUAUUACAAAGAAGUAACAAGGCUUUCACGUUGAGCAUCGUUGGAUUAUUCACAAUAUCUUUAGAAUGCUUUGCUUCGCUAGCAAGUACAUCAAUAUCUUACUUCACUCUCAUGCUAUCUUUGUAAUAAUUACGAAAAUAUAACAUCCAAUAAUAUCAUAUAUUAGAAUAGAUAGAUAUAAAACUGAGUGAAAAUGCCGACUUUCUCUUCUACUAUUAAACAGCUGGAAAGUUGGGGUAAUAAUAAGGUGAUAAUAUUUUUCUUUCAAAAUCGUAAAUCGUGUUAUGUGAAGUAAGCAAAGCAAAACAUUAGUUGGCUCAUAGAUACAAUCAAUUAUGCUAACAAAACCAGGCCUGAAGUGUUUCUCAUAUGUCAACGUAUCGAAUGUAUCAUUCGAAGAAAGUUUGUUGAUUUUAAUAUGUGUCAAUCGCAUUGUUGAAAUAUAUUGUAUAACGAAUUUAGUAUUAUAAUGAAAUAAUCAAUAAUAAAAAUUUCAUUAGUUUUUACGUAUGCAGCUCAAUUCAUUUUUUCUAAGAAUGGAUGAAAUGAUUAAUAAGUGAAAUAUUAUAAUAAUUUAAAUAUUAAGUAUGUUAAUAAAUUCUUUAAAUAAGUAAGUAAGUUAUAUGUAUAUUAAAUAUUCAGUAAUGAUACUUGCAAAGAUAUUGCUAAACUAAUAAGGAAAUAUAUGUUAUUAAGGAUCGGCCCUUUCCAA